AUGGCCGGUUUAUUCAACUUGAGGGAAGAGCUUCAGCACGAGAUCAUCUCGUAUCUGGACACACAGUCUCGGUCAGCACUUGCCUCAGUUAUGGAGCCGGAACCAAACAGCCUAUUUGUGUCACCAGCCUCAAAUCGGAGACCUACAGUUGUCACGGCACAUGUUACAUUCGAGUCAGACAGCUAUUCAUCUCACUCGAGCGAUUGUGAUGACGACACCCUCGCAAGUACCGACACAGAAAUCAGUCCUUCCCCAGAAGAAGAAGGAUGGGUCUUCAAACAAACCCCAGAACUCCUGAACCGUCUCGCUCUACUUCCGCAAUACAAAGACAGUGCAUCUCUCCCCAAUCUCCCAACAGAGCUACAACUCGAGAUUUUCGGCUACCUUGAAAAGAUAGAUGCUUGUUGUCUCGGUCUUUCUUCAACGAGAGCCUACGGAAUUUUCAGAGCUAUUCACGGCACCAAGAUGCCUCUCAACCAACGCCGAGUUGGCCCAAACUCCUUUGAAGCUGCCUGGGAAGUAGUAGGGAAGCGAGAGUGCAAACAGUGCGGCAUCUACAGGUGCGAACUUCACCAGCAUAUCAAAUCAUGGAUGCCAAAAGAGCUCGAGUACUGCAGCAUGAAGCAGAACUUUGGAUUGCCGGCCGACACAGGGGCCAAGCCAUCAUGCUUUCGUGGAAAGCCCAGUAAGCCUCAUCGUUGUGGUCGCCAUCCGUUGAGAACUACUUCCAUGCAUCAGGACGAUAAUGCAGUUUGA